CAUCAUACUCGACCAACUUUACACCUAACAUUAACACCUUUAACACUGAAAAACAGAAACUCCUCGAUAUCUUUAUCUUAAUCCGUUGAAGGCAAGUCGGUCUACCUGUUUAAUGUAGCUUUAGCUUAAACACACAGGUGAGGGAGCUUCUUUGUUUGCUAGUUUGGACGUUGGCGCGCAUGCGUGCUCGCGCUCAUUAUUCCAAAGGUGCGCUCAGCCCACAGGAGGACACACUGCAGCAGCUGCAGCAGGAUGAUAUGACAUCAGAGUGCAAAUUCAACAUGGAGGAUUUCUUCCAAACGGUGGGGGAGGUGAAAAGUCUCAUUGAAAAAAUCUCCUGUCAAGCAGAAGAGAUAGAGAAGAGACAUGGCGUCAUCCUCUCAACUUCAAACCAUGACAAGGAAGAAAAGGACAAGUUGGAGCUGCUGAACAAUGAGACCAAGAAGAACGCCAAUUUGGUCCGAGCUAAGCUAAAAACAAUGCAGGAGAACUCGCUUGUGGAGGAGAAUAGUGAAAGGGUCUCGGUAGUUCAGCGUAUUCAUAAGAACCAGCACUCACACCUGACUCGGUGCUUUGCUGAUGUCAUGAGGGGCCACCAUAACGCACAGAUCUCCUUCAGAGAGAAAUGCAAAGCACAGAUUCAGAGACAGCUGGAGAUUGUGGAUAAAGUGACUACAGAUGAAGAGUUAGAGGAUAUGCUGCACCGUGACAAUCUUUCCAUCUUCAUUUCUGACGUCAACUCUAAUGCUCGGAUUUGCAGCCAAGCUUUGAGUGAGAUUGAAUCCCGUCAUCAGGACAUCAUCUGCCUCGAGUCCAGCAUCAAAGAGCUGCACGACAUAUUUGCAGACACUGCCAUGCUGUUGGAGAUUCAGGGGGAGUUGAUCAACAACAUAGAAAAAAAUGUGACGAGCGCUGCCGAGUAUGUAGACGCGUCUAAAACUGAAACCUACGAAGCAGUCAUGUAUAAGAAAGACAGACUCAAGAUUGGAUUUCUCCCAAACUUCUUCAAGUCUUUCAGGAGGAAAAGUGUUGCGAGAAAUGCUACAGAUCAAAACACCUAAACCAUGAGUGAGCUCCUGAAACUGUUUGAACAUCCACCAAACAUCAACAUCAAAGCCUUCACACUUAUCAUCUGAUGGUUCACUGCCUGUCUGCCUCCUCAAACGGAAAUGAGGAAGCUGUUAUCUUUAACUGAAAUCUUUUAUUAUUUUAUUUGCUAUCAUAAGGACCUGAAAUGAAGUGAGUACCGAAGAUGAGCCUCGCAAACCUGCUUCAGAGGUUACUAACAACCGAGCAUACAGUCUAAAAAAAAAAAAAGCUGAAUUUUAACUUGUCGAUCAAUGUUCAAAGACUCCCAAUGCCGAGACUGCAGAUGUCUUCAGGUAUGUGAAAUGCUCUAUAUCCAUUUGAAUAAUACAAAACUCUUUUAACUCCAAUCUACAUUUUUAGAUGCACCCCAGCUGGUGUUCCCCUCAGUCGCCAGUAGGUAGCAUUACAGCAUUAGAUAGAGCUUUGGAUCGUUCACCUUCCCUCCUCUCUGCAGUCCUCUUGUGUUUCUGUCUGAUUCUGUGUGUUUUACUAAAGCUAUUUAAUGUCAUGUUGUCUAAUACUCGAAGAAAUCAUUGUGAUGUCAAAGGAUAAACUAUGAGACCAAUAGUUAAAUAAACCAAUGUGGUAAAUCCUA